AUGUUCAGCUCAUCGAACCAAGUUAUUGCACGUUUAACACCUGCUAACUAUGAAGCCAAACGUGCAUACAACGACGUCGCAACCAGGAUUGUAGACAGGACACCCGGUAUGAGCGACUUCCUCCAUGCCGCUCAUUUUAUGGUCAUCAAACCCCACCUUCGAGGGCAGACGGAUGCACAAGUUGUUAUUGAUGGUCGGAAAGGGGCAGACGGCACCGGGAUCGAUACUGAGGCUAGGGAGACUGAAGCUGAGACGGAGACUGAAGCUGAGACGGAGACUGAAGCUGAGACGGAGACUGAAGCUGGGGAGCCUGGCAUGCCGCCACCCGACCAGUUGAGGUUUGAAGGAUACUACAAACUGUCAUUUGGAACCCCUCCGAGCAUUCCCCUCCUUGGUUGGUUCAUUGGGAUCGGCCGAUGGGAUGCUAAGAGUGCCAAACCAAACGGUGGGGUCGACCUCCAACUGGCACUACCAAGAGCAAAGUACGAGGUCGCGGGAAGGCAUGCGCGUCUCUUCUUCGAUAAGACAGGUAGUCUGAUAAUCCGCGUCGUGAGUGACCGGUCUCCAGUAGUUGUGCUGGGAAAUGACGAGUUUACUUGCGGACAACGAGUCAUCACACAAUCCAGAAAUCGGAUAUCUUUUGGAAGGUUAAGCUACUUCUUCGAAUUUGACACAAGCGACGAAGAAGAGUAUCAGCGGAAUCUCAGGAAGUUCUUUAGAAACCAGUUGGGUUUCCAGCCGCCAGCGCCUGACCUUUCGGCAACGCCAUCACCGUGGGACACCAAACUUGGCGACUGGCUUGUAAGGGGAACCGUCGGCAAGGGAGCUUUCGCCACCGUGAGUGCCGCGAAGCAUACGAUCACAGGUGUUGCAGGAGCCGCGAAGUCCUUCGUGCGAACUCGGGAGUCUCAUGCGGCCAUUGCUAAGGAGAUUGAGUUGUUAAAGAGUCUCCCAGUUCAUCCACAAAUCCUCCGGUUUUGGGAUGUCCAGUACGAGCGGCAAGAUCCAUGGUUUGCAGGUCCAGCGGAUGACGGGGAUGAACGUUAUCAGUUUAGAGCUCGACCAGAAAGGGUUGCGAUAAUUUACACCCCUUUCGCCCGCACCACGUUCGCCGAAUUUCUCCCGCCUGAGCCAGUACGACUUGCAGCUUUCCAACAGGUCCUGCAAGGCAUCCUCGCUCUUCAUACUGAGGGCUUUAUCCAUCGAGACAUUAAGCCGAGUAACCUGGGGAUAGUAAGCUCCUCGCCCGAGCAAAUUCACGUUGUUAUAUUAGAUUACGGCAACAGCGUUCGCGCCGCCACCUGCGAUCCCAAGCCUGGCUCUGUGGGCACGAUUCCCUUCCUGGCUCCGGAAAUGGAGUCCACACGUUACGACCAAAGUGUUGAUAUAUGGGCCUGUGGUAUAUUCGGACUUGGCUUGUUUGUCACAAAGGGUAGCCUGAGAUGGCAGAAUGUCGUUCACGCGAGGGGUGAAUAUGAUGCCACUUUAGUAGAUUUGCAAGAAAAAUCUCCUGCCUCAGUGGAGAAGCUGCUGGGUCAAAUGCUUGCCUGGGAUCCUGCAGAACGUAUCUCUGCAGAAUUUGCACUCAAGCACAACUAUACCGCCAAAGCUGCUUUCGAGUCAGCUCGCGAUAGUGGGUGCUCAUACGCGGAUAUGCAAGCUCGAUGCAUACUACGGAAAUGUCCGCUCGCUAUCUGGCAGAAGCAGCAUCUCCUGGUACCAGAAUAUGUCGGCGAUUCCGGGUCUAUCGUAGGCCAUUUCACUCAGGUUCCUCAGCUUGCCCGAAUCAAUUACGCGUCGAUGACUAGCGCUUCAUUGCUCCAAGGGGAAGGACCAGCAUCAUUGUACCGUUAUUUCGGACUGAUCACGUUCAGCUCGUUGGAAACAGCCCCGCCUCCAUCAUUCCAUCCUGCACAUCUUCUCGGCCAGUCCGCUGCUGGAGUUUCCAUAUUUCAGGGCUGCGGAUUCAAAUCCUCCCCUCUUCCUUCUAGGCAGUCGAGUACGAGGUAG